AUGCCGUUUGGGCGCGGUUACGUUUUCAUCCCAUCACCCACGCGCUACUCGCUCUCACCGGGAGAAUCCACGCCCCAAGGAAACGGGGACGUAUAUUCCGUGGCACUCUACCACCAGCUGCACUGCCUCUCCAUAAUCCGGCGCGACUAUUUCAAUCUUCUCGAAGGGAUCUUGAAGCGGGAUGAGCAGGAUGGACGUAUUGAUGAGGAUCUGCGGAAAGAAGUCCGCGAGCAGAUGGCGAAUUCGCAUAAUCGCCAUUGUAUGGAUUAUAUCCGCUUGACGCUGGAGUGCCAUGCGGAUAUGACGAUUGAGUGGGAGAGGACUGAGAGCGAUGGGAGCAGGUUUCAGGUAGAUGGUAUGCAGAUCCCGCAUGAGUGUAAGAAGAAAUCGGCGUUGGAUGGGUUUAUGCGUGAGCAGAUGAAGAGGGUCGAGGAGGUUAGGAGGGGAGUGUAG